UCAAACAUUGUUGGGAUGUUUGAGCAGAACCAGAUCCAGGAGUUCAAAGAGGCUUUCACAAUCAUGGACCAGAACAGAGACGGUAUCAUUGAUAAGAGCGACCUGAGGGAGACCUUUGCAGCUCUGGGUCGCCUCAAUGUUGGUAAUGAUGAGCUCGAUGAGAUGAUGAAGGAGUGUUCAGGACCGCUUAACUUCACUCUGUUCCUCAACAUGUUCGGAGAGAAACUUAAAGGAACUGACCCCGAGGACACGAUUCUCAACGCCUUUAAGGUCUUUGACCCAGAAGGAACAGGAGUCCUCAGGGGGGAGGAGAUGAAAUAUUACCUCAUGUCACAGGCCGACAAGUUUACAGAGGCUGAGGUAAAUCAGAUGUUUACAAACUUCCCAUUGGAUGUCUCUGGUAACUUCGACUACAAGAACUUGUGCUAUGUGAUCACCCACGGAGAGGACAAAGAGCAGGAGUGAAAGGAGGACAAGAAGAAACAGAAGGAUGAAAAAGAAGAGGAAGACAAAGAGGAGGAGCAGCCGUGAAGCUUCU